AUGGAUCGAAACAUUAAUGCCACAUAUGACCGCCCCAUAAUAAUUCGAGCUGCUUUAAAUUCCAAAGUAAUUUUUGAAACUAAAAAAGGUGAUCCGUUUGUGUUUAAUAUUUUCAACUCUUCAAAUAUACUUGUAGUUGGUCCUUUCAUAGUACGAAGUGGCACUUAUUAUACCGUAGGUGCUCGUAACAGCACAAAUGUGACACUUUCAAAUUUCAAAAUAUACAAUUCGACUCGUUGGGCCAUAUUAGUGAGUGGUCUUCACAUUUUAGUUUCCCACAACUACGCAGAAGACUGUGUCAUGCUUAACUCCAAUUGUCGCUCCACAAGUUGGACACAGUGUUAUGCCACAUCCGCCAUCAAUUCUUACGUCCCAAUUCUCUCUCAAAACAUCACAUUUUUAAACAAUGAAAUUACCAAAUCGUGGGGGGAGGGCAUUGACAUCAUUUUAGCUUCAAAUGUACUUGUAAAAGGUAAUGUUAUAACGGACGUUUUUCCCGUUCAAAUUUAUGUUGAUAAUUCAAAGAAUGUUGUAAUUGAAGGAAAUGUGCUCAGAGACACACAUCGAGAGUUCUGCAGUAAUCACACCGAGUACCACGCAAUUGCAAUUGGAAAUGAAAGUUGGCCGCCUAAAUUGGUUUCUACAGUCAAUAUCACUAUUAAAAAUAACUUCAUUUGGGGAACACGUUUUGGGAUUGCAUAUUGGGGAACAAGUGCGAGUGCAUAUUACAGUGAUGUCACAAUCAGUCACAACACAUUUUUUAAUAUUUCAUCAUCGGCUUUGGCAUUUCAAAAUUCGUGUGUUGUGAAAGGCAAAAGUGUCAACAAUCAAUUCAAAAACAACUUCAUUUACUCGAAUUAUAUGUGGAACGCAGCAAUUGUUAAUUCCAGUGAAGCGAGUGGGUGGAACAUUUCAAGUAAUGUGUAUGUCACAGACUACCCAAAAGUUCAGAGUGAUACGUGGAAUGGAACUGACGGAAACACACAUUCGAUUGUUUUCAAAAAGAAAGACGGAAACCCUUUUAAGUUUUUUCAAAGAGGGUUCUUUAAGAAUUGUACAGAAGAUAUGUAUUUCCAAUCAAAUGUUGAAACUUAUUGUUUUGUACCUAACAUGAAUUCAAGUUUAUAUCAUAAAGGAGUAAAAGUGACAUAUACAAAUUUGGAAAACAAAAAUAAUGAAGACUUUUUUAAUUGUGUUAGAAGUAAUUUAAAUCCAAGUAUCGGAUUUAGUGAAGGUAAUGCAAUGUGUUUUAACAGCGGUGCAAUCUACAAUAAAGUCGGUAUUAUCAUACUAAGUUUAGUGAUAUUAUUAUAA